GGCGGAGUUUGUGCUUUAACUGUGUUAAAAAGGUGAGGAAUAUUCACUUGAUCCUACAGGACUGGUGCAGACUCCAGGUGCAGCAGCUGAAAUCUGACACAUACUAUAGUAAAGAUGGAGUUUAUUAAAGAGGAGAUUGACUACAUGAGUGUUUCAGAACCAUCCAGAAUAAAACAUGAAGAUACUGAAGAACAAACAGACUGGAUGGAAGUAAAACAGCAAAGACAUGAGGUGAAUGAAGUGGAGGAGGAACCUUCAAGAAAAAAAUCCAAACAGCUUCACACCUGCUCACAGUGUGGAAAGAGUUUCAGACAAAAAGGAGUCCUUACGACGCACAUGAGAAUCCACACUGGAGAGAAACCAUACACAUGCCCUCAGUGUGGAAAGAGUUUUACUGCAUCAUCAAGUCUCGGUUAUCAUCUGCGCGUUCACUCUGGAGAAAAGCCAUUUAACUGUGAUCAGUGUGGUAAAAAGUUUAUUUCAUCAUCAAGUCUAAAAAAACACCUGACAGUUCAUUCAGACGAGAAGCCUCAUGUGUGUUCUUUGUGUGGAAAGAGUUUUUCACUGCUGUGCAAUAUGAAACAGCACCAGAAAAUACAUAGUGGCAUGAAAGAUCAAGUGUGUUUUGAGUGCGGGAAGAGCUUUACUAGAGCUCACGAUCUGAAACAUCACCAAAGAAUUCAUACUGGAGAAAAACCUUACAAGUGUUCAUAUUGUUACAAGACUUUCACUCGAUCUGGAAAUCUGAAAACACAUGAGCGAGUUCAUACUGGAGAGAAACCAUAUCACUGUACUCAGUGUGGAGAGAGUUUCACUCAGUCAAUAAAUCUAGUGACUCAUAUUAAAAAGCAUUGUUCUGUGUCAGAGUGAGCAAAUGAUUUCUACUGAUUCAAUAUUUCAAGUAAAUAACGUGAGAUUCAGAUUCAGUAAAUAUGAGAUUAGCACAAAUUAUUAGUUUUGCUGUGAACAAGAUUUGUGGAGAUGUUUUUUUUUCUGUUUUGUUGGAGAAUAGUAAAAUAUUUAAAUACUUUAAUAUUGAUGUUUUUGUAUAUGUAACAAAAGUUAUUCAUUUA